CUGUUGCUUCCCCCCCCCCCCCCCGUUCCCCCGCGUUCCUUCACUUGCCACAACCAUGUCCGGCGGCUCUGAUCUUUUCAACACCUACGAGUCCGAGUAUCACAAUGUGAUCAACAGCCUGCGUCGCCGCACCAGCUCGGACAUCCCCAACUCCUCCGGCGAGAAGCGCAAGGAAUUCAUCAAUGCCGCCAAGCGCGAGGUGGAGGAGGCCAAGGAGAUUCUUGAGCAAAUGGACCUCGAGUGCCGUGACAUGCCGGAGAAGGAUCGUCACUCCCUGCAGCACCGUGUCCGUGCUUUUUGGAACGACCUCAACCGCCAGGAGAAGCGCCUGCACCAGGUCAUUGCCGACAGCAAUCGCGAGGCCGUCACUGCCGGCGCCUACACCUCCUCCAGCCAUGACUCGGCCAACCAGCGUGAUCGCAUUUUUGAGGCCAACCAGCGCCUGGAUGCCGCCACCGACUCCCUGGAUCGCUCCCUGCAGGUGGCCAACGAGUCCGAGCAAAUCGGUCAGUCGAUCCUUUCCGAUCUCCAUCGCCAGCGCGACCAGAUCAGCCACGCCCACACUACUCUUCACCAGGCCGAUGAGAGCAUCGACAGCGCCGCGGGCAUCCUGCGCGGCAUGCGCCGCCGCAUGAUGACCAACAAGGCCAUCACCACAAUGAUCAUCAUUGUUUUGAUCGCCAUCAUCGGCCUCAUCAUCUACCUGGCCAUCCGCUGAUCAAUCGGCACUCACGUGCCAUGUACACUAUAAAUAACAUUCUACCAUCCAGAGCCA